ACUGGAUAACCAUUGAUGACUCGCCACUCUGGUCUGUCAGGCAAACAGACGGAGGAACAGCUGAUUAGCGUCUUCACGUGGGUAAUCAGCUGUGAGAGCUACGAUGGAAGAUUUAUCAGCAGAAGACCUGGCGAUUCCGCCAAUCAAAUACGAAUAUUGCAUGCGUGGGGAGAGAGUUUGCAGGAGGCAUUUGAACAAUGCGCUAUGGCCAUGUUCGGUUACAUGACGGAUUUGGACCGAGUAGAAAUGACGGAGGUGCACCACGUGGAAGCCGAGGGAGACGACCUCCACAGCCUGCUAUUUCAUUUCUUGGAUGAACUGCUUUUUAUGUUCAGUGCAGAGCGUUUCAUCAUUCCCAAAAAAGUCAAGAUCACUGAAAUGGAUCAAGAGAACUUCAAGAUCAAGGCAACGGCAAUAGGAGAAGAAUUCACGCUGGGAAAGCAUCCUCAGGGUACAGAAGUAAAGGCUAUCACCUACUCAGCAAUGCAAAUACUCGAUCGGCCGGACGCCGAGAGACCAGAAGUAUUCGUGAUCAUCGAUAUUUAAUCCGCUGUAGUAACCCGAGCAAGUUUCCCGACGCCUCGCGUGGUUGAGCCAUUCGGACCCUUGGCUUGGGAAACACUUUAAUUUCGAGGGAGGGAUAGUUACCUCUCCUCCUCAGGCCUUUUGUAGAUCGUAGGGUUCGAAUAAAUACGUUACGAAAGAAACACCGGGCCCCCUUCUUAGCCUCGGAGCGCAGGGCCGUGUCAACGUACGCGUGGACCUCCGCCCUCUCACUUUUAUUUCUCCUUCCCGCUUCUGUUUAUUCCGAUAGAAGACGUUCCGUCGAUUCGUAUAAUUUUUUUACUAGAUCCUCUUCAUCGAAAUUUUAAGGAUCAAAUAAUGAGGUUUAUUCAUUUGUAUUUAUAAUUAGACGUGGCGUUACUAAAUCGAUAUGACCUAAGGAACAAAUGUUAAUACUAUUUUCAUCAAAAAUAUUCGUAAAAAUCUGUUCGUGACAUGAAAUGACAUAACUGUUUGUACUUUUUUGUGUACGAAUACAAUAAUAUAUCUCACGUUUUAUA